AUGAAGAUGAGCUGCUCCAAGGAAUGUGACAAGAAGGAGAAGCCUAUUUUGUCUUUUUCUAUAGAAGCAAUCUUAAAAAACCCAUCUACUGAGGCUUACCUCUACAAUAUGGUGACCUGCAAUAGCCAAUCUGAAGUGGCUAAAACAUUCAGUUCUAAGCCACUUUUGGACAGGUAUAAAGAUGACAAGAAAAUAAAACGUAGAAUUAGGACCACAUUCACAGCAGAGCAGCUCAAGGAAUUGGAGAGAAUCUUUCAAGCUACACACUAUCCAGAUAUCAACAUCCGCAACCAGCUGGCAGCCAAAAUUAAUCUUCCUGAAACCAGAAUCCAGAUUUGGUUCCAGAAUCAACGAGCAAAGUGGAGGAAACAUGAACGAUUUAGCACUUUUGCAGGCCUGAAGCAUCAGACUGAAGCUGGCUUUGUUUCAGUUCCAAAACCAAAGGACCUUUCCAUGAUGCCCAGCAACAGCCUUUCUGGUAUUACCCCUCCUUCAGGGUACUAUUACACACUGAUCCAAGAGCAUUCCAUGCGCACCUAA